UUUAUCGGCCUAGUCCGUUAUUUUUUCAGCGUUAAAACUAAUAUAAACCCUUAUACUAAAUAUAUAAUUAUUAAUAAUUAUAGUCCUUUCGCCGAUUGCGUUUUCAGCGGUAAAUUUAUCAAUAAGAAUAUUUAUACUAAUUAUUAUUAUAGAAGCGAAAGUAAAAAUUGCUCUUUACAUAAGGGUAUGUUAUAUUUUUAUUCUUUUUCAAUUAUUAUAUUUACUUACUAA